GCUAGUGCGCAGGCGCAAAGAGCUGGCGCAAGCGUUUGCGCAGCAAGCUCCCAGCGCCCGGCUCGUUUCCUCCUCUGGCCUGAUGGGAAGCGGUCAAAAUGGCGGCGGUCGGUGUGGUGGCUGCUCACCUCCUCCUGCUAUUGCUGAUGGCAGCAGCAGUCCCUAGCCGGGCCCGGGGCAGUGGCUGCCGAACCGGAGCCGCUCUGCGGGGGGCCGGAGCAGAAGGUCGAGAGGGUGAGGGCUGUGGCACGGUGGGGCUGCUGCUGGAGCACUCAUUCGAGAUUGAUGAUAGUGCCCACUUUCGGAAGCGGGGCUCACUGCUCUGGAACCAGCAGGAUGGCACUUUGUCCCUGUCACAGCGGCAGCUCAAUGAGGAGGAGCGGGGCCGGCUUCGGGAUGUGGCAGCCCUGAACGGCUUAUACCGGGUCCGGGUCCCUCAGCGCCCUGGGGCCUCUGAUGGCUCAGAAGCUGGCAGCUAUGUCUCCUCUUUCGUCCCUGCGUGCUCCCUGGUGGAGUCGCAUCUCUCGGACCAGCUGACGCUGCACGUGGAUGUGGCUGGCAAUGUGGUAGGCGUGUCAGUGGUGACGCACCCCGGGGGCUGCCGGGGCCAUGAAGUGGAAGAUGUAGACCUGGAACUGUUCAACACGUCUGUGCAGUUGCAGCCACCGGCCACCGCCCCAGGUCCCGAGACCGCAGCCUUCAUUGAGCGCCUGGAGAUGGAGCAGGCCCAGAAGGCCAAGAACCCGCAGGAACAGAAGUCCUUCUUCGCCAAAUAUUGGCACCUCAUUCUCGGGGGGGCUGUGUUGCUCACAGCCCUGCGUCCUGCCACCCCGGGGCCCACGCCGCCGCCGCAGGAGGCCUGAUGGAUGUACAUCAUUCCCGUCGUCCUGUUCCUCAUGAUGUCAGGAGCACCAGACACCGGGGGCCAGGGAGGGGGCGGCGGCGGGGGUGGUGGCGGGGGCAGUGGCCGCUGAGGGUGGGGGGCAUCAGCGCCUGGUCUUCUUUCAUGCAGGCAACCCCCUCCCGCCAGAGUGCUAUUGUCCUUGAUCAUCCCAAGAAAGAUUUGCUAGCUCCCCCUGUCCCCAUCCCGUGAUGGUAGGGGGAUAUUCCUCCUAGGAGUCCUUUCCCUCUAGGCGGACAGGUGGCCAGAUUCUGGCAUACCCUGCCUUCCCCUGUGAUCCUUCCAUAGCCCCAAAGGCUUCCUUUUGGCCACAGCAUGGAGCUCGAGCUCCUGGUCCAGCUCUGACCUUAUGUUUUCCCCCCUUCCCCUGAGCCUUGUAGUUUGGGAACAUGCCGAGUUCUCUCCAGCCUCUGUGCCUUUGUUUGUGGUCUCCUUGCCCUGCCUGUCCCAGGCCUGGCUAGAGGGCCCCCCUAACUUGUCUGACUGGAUUGGGCCACACACUUUCCACCUGUCUGCCCUCAGGGGCCUGGCACAGAGCAGGUGUGGGCUGGCUAUGGGCAUCCCUUGGCCCCAUUCCAGCAGCCCUGCCUUGGGACCCCGCUUCGGCCUUUAUCUGCCCAUGGCUCCAAGCAGGAGUUGGGGUGUUGUGCCCUGUUUGGAUGCCAGGCCUCCCACAGGCUUUGGGGCAUGCAGAAAUGUUUAAAGUAAAAACAAAGUAAUGUCUGGUAGAGUUGAGAGCCGAUGAUGUAAAUAAAAUCCCUUCCCCAGCCUGGAAUGUCUUCCCUGGGACAGGCCACCAGGAGAGGACUGCUGGCCUUUCCUAUUUAUCAUACCACCCCACCGAUCUAUUUAAAAAAUACCAACAAUCUAUUGAAAUACAUCAAUGUUUCGAAAAGGUAUGACUUCCAGCAACCAAAUGCAACUGUUGAUUUGGUUGCAGGGAAGUCCUUAUGUACAGGCUUUAUUGAAUUCCGCUCUUUGCUCUGUGUAUUAUCCAGAAACACACAGAAAUGGCUGUCACGGUCGCUGAAAUGUCUGUGUAAUGCUUUGUGGUGUUGUAUGGUGGUUUAUUAAACUGUUCCCCAAAUGUUCAA